AUGGGAUCACCCCGAGAUGAUGAAACGAAUUUGGUGCUGGUUCAUAUCGGAGCAGUAUACGUAUGGGAUGAGAAGACCGUUAAUGAGAGAGAAAGUAUUGACAUCAAAAGCGUCGCCGACAGUACCCAUAGUGCUUGCGCAUGGCAUGGCCAGAACGUAUUUGUUGGAAUGACAACAACUGAUCUUUUGACAGGUGUUGAUAAAAAGAUUGUUGGACAGUGUUCUCUGAGUGAUCUCGAGUCAAGCAGACAGUUGUUUACGUUUUCAUUGGAAGUAACAGCAGUUGACGCCAGCGAAAACUAUGUUGUUGCAGGAGGGAGCGACUUCACGGUGAAGAAGAUAAAUUUAAAAACCCAUGAGAAGUACGAUAGAAUUGACACAAACGGAGAGGUUCUUUGCGUGGCAAUCGACCCAAAUGAGGAGGCAUAUGCGGUGGCAUGCUGUGAUGGCAGUGUUAGCAUUUACAGCUUGGAGAACAACGAGAAGCUUUCUUCGCAUGAGCAUAUGUUUUCUGCUUUUGGUGACUUG